ACCAUGCGAAUCCCAGAAAUUAUAAUAUUCGGUUUAGUUUCCGCGCCCUGCGGCUGGAUCCUGACCCUGACGAGUACAGUGCCACCAAACUGGCGCACCAUCCACAACCUCACUGGACAGCCCUCAGAAUUAAUUUUACACCAGGGCAUUUGGGAUAUCUGUAGGGUCUUUAAGGAAUCCAGGGACGUGCUGUGCAACCACGAGGACGCUGAAUACUUUAAUAAUCAGAUCAUUGAGGUUGCGCGCAGGAUGAUGGUAGCUUCUCUGAUCGUGACUCUAAUCGGUAUCGCCAUGCUGACAAUCGGAACCACCGGCUGGACCAACACACCGAGGAUAAAGCAGGCUGGCAUUGGUGGUUUCCUUAUCUUUUCUUCUGGGAUCCUGGCAAUCAUCCCUAUCGCUUGGUACAACCACAUCAUGAUGGACAUCAACUCUCCGUCUACCGACAUCCGUAUUGGAUACUGCAUAAUACUGGGCUACACAGGAGGACUCGUAGAGUUUCUUAACGGAUUUGUGAUAUUCAUUUGGAUAUAUCGAGACUGUGGAAGAAGAAAUCGGGAAGAGAGUCCCGAGAUAAGUUUUGAACCGAGGGAUCAGAGUACAACAGUAAGCACAAGUGUGACCAGGAGCCGCGCGAGCAGCGUCCCGUCGCACCCUGUGAAACAAGACGUGGACCUCUGGAGUGACUACAGACUGAGCAAAAUAUCACUGACCAUGUAG